AUGGCGGGCCUGAGGAGCGUUCUAGUAUUUGAAUAUAAUAUAGCUGAACGAAAGGAGUUAGUCUCGGAAUCUCCGGAAUCCCAUCACUUGGCGAACCACGUACAAGGCAUGAAUGACACCAGGAAGCCAACCCAGGAUUGUCAAACAGAUGUUGAUCAGGAGAUCAGCACCACAUCCUCGCUCAAGGAAGACACCCAGCGGGGGCAAGAUGAUCGCAAAAAUGAUCUUGCAGAUAUCCCUAUGAUCCCAAGGACCUAUCCCAAGACAGCUCCAGCUUGUCAAGAUCAAGUUAUGCGCGCGUUUGUAUAA